GGGCCUCCCGCGGCUGCCGGGGCGGAGACGGGCGCGGGCUGGUGCCGAGCAGGCCAUGCGGACAGCUGGCGACCUGGGACCCCACGGCCCUGCGCUGGUCCCUCGAGCCGCGGUAGCCCGGAGCCCGCGGGCCUAGCGGCGGCCUUUGUUCCCUCCGUCGCCGUCUGCCGCGCUCCGGUCGGCGCGGAUGCAGCUGCUCCGCCUGGGCUCGCGCUCGGGGCUGCAGAAGGAGCGGCGGCGCCGGGCGGGAUGCGAUGGGGAACUGCUGUUGGACGCAAUGCUUCGGGCUGCUCCGCCGGGAAGCCGGUCGGCUGCAGCGAGCGGGCGGAGGAUCAAAAUAUUUCAGAACAUGCCCAAGAGGAGAGCACCUGACCAUAGAGUUUGAGAAUCUAGUAGAGAGUGAUGAAGGGGAGAGCCCCGGAAGCAGCCAUAGGCCACUUACUGAGGAAGAAAUUGUUGACUUACAAGAGAGGCACUAUGAUUCUAUUGCUGAGAAACAGAAAGCUGUGGAUAGGAAAAUCCAGAGGGAGUUAGCCUUACAAGAGGAGAAGUUAAGACUAGAAGAAGAAGCUUUAUACGCUGCCCAGCGUGAAGCAGCCAGGGCAGCAAGGCAGCGAGCGCUCCUGGAGCAAGAAAAACAGAGAGCUGCACAGCACUAUCAUCCUAGCAGUGGAGACUAUCAAAGUGCAGGACCAGAAGAUGACUUUGAAUAUUGUUUGAGAAAUACAAAGUCACAGUACGAAGUUUUUCGAAGUAGUAGGCUCUCAUCUGAUGCCACAGCACUGACACCAAAUACCGAAAGCAGCUGUGACCUACUGACCAAAACCAAAUCAACUAGUGGAAACGACGACAGCACCUCCUUGGACCUGGAGUGGGAAGAUGAAGAAGGAAUGACCAGGACGUUGCCAAUGAGAGAGCGCUCCAAGACAGAAGAAGACAUUCUGCGGGCUGCACUGAAGUACAGCAGCAAGAAGGGUAGCAACCCCACGUCGGCCUCUGAUGACUCCAAUGGACUGGAGUGGGAGAACGACUUUGUCAGUGCUGAGAUGGACGAUAAUGGCAAUUCUGAGUAUUCUGGGUUUGUGAAUCCUGUGUUAGAACUGUCAGAUUCUGCCACCAAGCAGUCUGAUAUGGAUCAGCAGAUCAGAUAGGAUGAAUCUUGUGACCUUACUUACCAAAUGUUAACAAUCAACCAGAAUGUACAGUUGGCAUGCCAAGCCUUUUUGUAAGGUGGCAAAAACAACCAUGUGACAAAUGUUUGUUCUCCUAGAAGCAGCAGCAAUAGAGGACAGAGCUGAAUGCUUCAGUCAAGUGCGAUUUCAACAUCUGCCUCUGCGCCCCAGGACUGCCUCGCUGACUCUGACAUAUCAAACACUCAUGGCAUCUGUUCACCCAGGUCAAGCUCUGCAUCUUAAAUCUGUAUUAGUUUUACUUUGAUUGCUUUACAAAGCCUAUCUUACUAUGGAAAUAAACCUGAAAGUAUUUCUUUGUUGUUAAUUCUCAGCAUAGGUGGUAAAGGCAGCAUGAGGAGGGACGGUUAGAUUCAUGUGGAAGGCUCGUUUUUCCUUUUUCAGCACUGUUUACUUUGGUUCCUUGUUUUAAUUUGUUGUCUGGCAGCCAGUAGAUAGCUGGAGAUGUCCCAAGGCAUGCUGGUGUCCGGCCUCUCCUCACCUGUCACAUACACAUACCCGGCUUGUUGCUCACCCCUCUAAAUGAAGGACAGUAAGACUAGAGAAGCUUCCGGAGCUUGGGCACUUUGAGUUGGUGACAAUUAAAACUAAUCCUUAAAAAUAUCUAUUUAAAAGUUGUACUUCCUUUUACAUACCACUAUAUUGGCUUUAAAUUGAGAUCUUGAGUUUCAUUUUUUUUUUUCAGUUCUGUAUUUCCAGUGAAUGAUCUUUGAAAGAUUUUACACAGAAAAUAUUCUGUGAAUGACUUAAGAAAACACUAAAAUACGGGUAUUUGAAAGUAAAUAAAAUCCUUUCUGCUAUGAAAGGUCCCAGUGAUUGUAUUGCCCUUUACUCUGCCUUGUGGUACAAGGUGCUUUGUGGGGUAGAGCUAAUUCAUGGGUGUAUGGAAGCCGUAUAAAAGGCCAGGGCUGUGAAACGUUCCCUGACUGCAUUGCUUGGUUUGGCUGAGGACUGGGUGUCACUUGGGCAAGCACACUAUAGUCUGUCUAUCUUGCUGUUUUCUCUCUUCAGCAGUGAUGGUGCAUGCUCUCAACAGUACAAGCAGGUCCCGGUAGGAAUAGUCAAGUUCUUGCUGUAUGUGAAAAAUUAUGUGGCCCUUUCGGUAUUUGAACUGCUGUACAAUGACAUCUGUAGUCUUGCCAUUUUUUAAUCUCGUACAAAUAAAUACACUUUGAUAUGUAAAUACACAUUAGGUUAUGCCAUUAUUUAUAUCUGUCUUAAAAUUUAAAUUGUAGGCGUGUCAUGGAAAUAAUUUAAAGGUACUCUAUAUUCACAUUGCCUGUGUUAAUGCUUUUUAAGGUUUAUAUUACAUCAGAUGUAUAUUUUUGGUUUGGCAUAAGCUACUGUUGUAAUUUUCUUGGCUUUUUGUUCAUAAAGAAUUUUCUGAAGGAAUGGUAACCUCUCAAGGAUUGUGAAUAAACAUUUUUACAUUUAA